UUGUCUCACAAAAAGCAUGUGAAUCUUGUAACGAACCUUAUCCAGCUCCUCAACAACCUUUGCGUACCUUAUAAACCUAAUCUCUCCCUAUCCCAUCCUUUCUUCUGCCUCUUUCCUCUCCUCAAACUUUCUCUCUUCCCUCAUCGCUUGUCCAUCUACCAUAACCAUGGCUCAAGUCCAGACACAACCACCACCUCAACUCCCUUCCUACAAAUCCUUCGAAAAAGUUCGUUCAAUCCCCAUUAUCAACGAUUCCGUCUCCUACGCCCAUUCCACUUUUUCCUCCCAUCCAAUCAUUGGUUACUUUUAUAACGCAUACAUUGGGUUGGGGAACACCGCUUUCGAGUAUUCCAAGCCUGUUCAGGCUAGGUUCGCUCCCAUUAUCGACAGGGCGGACGACUUUGCGCUCAAGGGUUUGGAUGCUGUCGAGUCCAGGUUUCCUUACCCGUUCCAGACCCCUACGGGAGAGAUCGUCAAUCAACUUAAAUCUUCUUCCGAUGCAGCCUACGCCGCUUUUCACGAUAACGUUCAAGCUCCCGCUUACGGCGUAGCCAAGAACGCUGACCAAUCUCUUUCUCCUAUCGUUGAUAAGCUCGAACUUGCUGUGAAUAAGAUUGUCCCUCCUCAACAAAAUUCUACCACCACGGGUGCCGAUGCGGGUGGGGGGACGCAGGUCGGGAGGGCUUACAGGUUGAGUUUGGACUUGAAGGACAGAGUCUAUACACUUUCCGGUGAACAUCUUCGACUCGUUCAGCAGCACAACGUCGUAGUUCAGAAAGCGACUGAGGCAGUUCAAAUCUUGAAUUUCUCGCUUUCGGCUUUGAGGGCAGACGCCUCGACCAAAGUCAACUCGAUUUCUCAAUCGAUUCUUUCCGAGCUCGAGAAAGUCCAGCAUUCUGCGGCCGCUCUCCCUUCUCACAUCCAAUCGUCUCUCCAACCUCUCCAGGCUCAACUCUCUUCCACUCUCUCCGCUCUCUCGUCCAUUUUGCAAUCUGAAAGAACGACCGGUCAGAAGGCGAGUGAGGUUGCAUCCACUGUUCAAAAGGAUGUAGGUCCAGUCUUGGAGGCGUUCAAGGAGAGCGCAGCUAAAAUGUUGAGGACCCCAAAAGAGCAGGUGACGGAGGUCGGCGAAGGUGGGGUGGCGCCGACGGCUCCGUCACAGUGA